CAAGCAAACACCCUUAAGGAAGCAUCUGCUGAGUGCUCUCUCACUGCUCUGCAGUGCGGCCAGCUGGGCGAAGUACCCUACGUGACGCGCUCUCGUCUACAUUCAUUAUGUCUUUUCAAUCUGAUGAAAUCAUAUGCUUAGACAGCCCUGAGCGAGCUCCUAAACGCGCUCGCGAUUCGCGUUAUUCAAGUCCUGAAGACGACUUGCCGGAUAUCCAGGCUAUUUUCAAGGCAGACACUCGUUCAAAAUCAAAUUAUGUCUAUGCUGCUCAAGUAAAGGCGCCGCCACAUCAAUUGACCAAGAAGGCUAGCGCUUCUGUUCCUGUUGUGGCGAAACAAAUACCUGGGGCAGCAGCAUACAAGCUACCUCAAGAGCCCAUCAUCGAAAUUAUCGAGUCUGAUGAAGACUUGCCACAAAAUCACGUUGUACCAAAAGCUCCGCCUGAAGUGUUGUCUUUGCAGAAGACAACGGUAAAUCGUGCGUACAACGCUGCGACUGAUGGUAGCAAAGCGCAGAAACUGGACAAGAUGGCUAUCGCUACAUCAGUUGCCACUGCGGCUCGAUCCAUCGCAAGUUCACUGCCAGUACCCUUGCCUACAGUUGAAGUCUUCAAGCCAUUGCCCGCCAAGCAAGUUAGUGAUUGUCCAGCAAGGCGACCGAGCUUUGAUCAGCCGAGGAUACCAAAUCCUCCAGCUGGUCCAAGCAGAAAACCAUCCAGCCCUCCAGUCGUCUUCUCAACAGGACCGUCGGCGGACACUUUGCGUGCGAAAUCGGUGGCUCAUCCCCCAGCGAACGCAUCGAAGCCUAAUGCAGCCUUUUCUGCAAGCUCAGCAAUGGCCAGACUGGCUUCCAACUUGCAUCCCUCUCGGCCAGCAAAGAAAGCAAAGUCUCUAUCACCAGAGCCUGUGCUCGACCCAAUGGCUAUGCCAACCGUUGCCACUCUAGAUGACCUCUUCGACACGGCUGCUAUGGAGCUUGAUUUAUCUUCUGACGAAGAAGAGGCUAUGCCCGUCAUUGACCCAAAGGAUCCGCUUUCUGGCAGGACACAGGGUUAUCUACAUCCAAUGGCUGGAAAAUUGCCCUCCAGCUACAUGAGGCGCACAAAUACAACUAUUGCUUCGCUGCUGAAUCGUGAAAAGCCUGCGGCACCAUCGCUAAAGAGUCCCCACAUUUCCAUCUCGUCAGAUGACCCAAGAGUAUCUUCUCCAGCAGUUUCCAGUCCAGUUCCAGGCUUGUCGACUUUGCGUCGGACUGACUUGACGGUGCCUGUACGGCCGAGACAGGAACCAGCGCGAAAUGUUGUCCAAUUGGCUUCAUCGUCCAAGCCAGUUGCUGAGCAGCCCAUUGCCAAACCACCCGCGAACCAUUCAUGGAGCUCGACGCUGCCUUCAGUACCACAUGAGACUCGUGUGUCAGCCAGAGCAGCGAAAUCAAUGGCAGUGCCAGCAACAGCAUCAACAGGUGCGCGUCCUGGAUAUAAUUUGCAAUCACUGUACACACAAAUCUCCGACGACUCCAUGACUGAUGAGGAUGCACCAGAGGCCUUCACGAGCUGUGCCCCUCCUCGUAAUUCCAAAAAUUUGAAACUGGCAGCUACUGAAGACGCAGCCUUUGCACGCGCAGACAAAGCUCGACAAAAGGCAGCAGAAAAGGCUGUCAAGCAAGCUGAAAAGGAGGCUAAAGCUGCAGAACGCUUGCGUGUGCAGAGUAUCUCGUCGGUGAAUGUGCUCAAGACGAAUAAAAAGGACACUUCGCCGGAGAUGAUUGUGCGCGUGUGCCAGUCUUUUGAGAAGGAGGUGUUUUGGACGCAUAUGCAAGCUCUGUCUGAUGCGAGCGGUUUUGAAUGCCGCCUUGAAAGUAUGCCAGUUCCUGGGCUUGUUCGUUUCUCGCGCAAAACCAAAGCAGUCUUCAACACGGCUCUUGGAUAUUGGGAGCCGCUACCUGCGAUGGUCAUCAAGGAAGAACCUCAGCUCAUGAUUCGGGUAUUGGCAGAUGCAUUCCUUGGCCUGACUGAACAGCCUGGUGCGCUGGCCAAGCAUGUCGCUUCUGUUAGGCAAGUGAUGCCAGGUGGGCGAGUCAUUUACUUGCUUGAGGGCGUCCAUGCCAUGCUCAACAAAUCACGCACUGCACGUAAUCGCGCUUUUGCAUUCAAGGUACGACAAGAUCUCGAUCCUGCUGGCGACUAUACUGCCACCACUGGCAAGAAAAAGCAGACUGUCGCUAUUGAGAUUGAUGAUGAUGGACUGGAAGAUGCGUUACUUGAUUUGCAAGUCAUGCAUCGCUGUUUGAUUGUUCAUGCUGCCAAGCCAGUUGAUACGGCAAGGGAGCUGUGUACACUGGCUCAGGAUAUGAGUCUCAUCCCGUACAAGAGCGAAGCUACCAAGAAGGCAGGCUUUUGCAUCGAGCCUGGACAAGUCAAAACUGGCAGGGACAAUGCAGACACCUACGAAAAAAUGCUGGCGUCUCUGCAUCGUAUUACACCGCCCAUGGCGGAAGCUAUUGCAAACAGGUAUCCGACCAUCAAGAAGCUGCAUGCCGCGCUGAUGAGCAAUCCUCUGGCAUUGGAUGGCACCACGAUUGGCAAUAAUGUUGAUGGCAGCUUUUCGCAGCGCAAGAUUGGCAGCAUUACGUCCAAGAAUAUUGCUCGUGUUGUGACGUCUACAAAUCCACAUGCGGAUGCUUCAUCUUGACCACGGCGGCACGGCCUGACCAAGCUUUAUAUAAUUUCCUGUAUCAUAUAGUAUUAUCUGAGUCUUGAG